AUGUUAGAAAACAUUCCAGAUAUUAUUUUAUACUUCAUAAGAGAUGUAGAGAUAUAUUUGUGUAUUUUUAUUUUAUUAAACUUAUUUACUUCUAGAAGGAUUAAUAAGUUGACGAAAUCGAAUUUUCUUCAAGAUGACAAAUUAUUAGAUAAAUUGUCAAAAAACUUUUACAUUAGUGAAGUAAAAGUGUAUUUUAAUCCGUUUAAAUAUAUUCUAAAAAGUUUAUUAUAUCAUAUCUGUUAUUUCAUAACAAUUUUAUAUUUAAUUUAUAUAUUUAGAUUUUACGUAUGUUACAAAAAAUUUAUAUAUGAUUAUAUACUCUCCUUUUUUAGUUUUUUAAAAAUUUAUCCUUUAAUUUUAAAUGAGUUUGAUUACUAUUCAAAUAAUUAUGGAAUUAAUUUAUCUUUUAUUUUGAUAUUUAUUUUUGGAAAUUUUUCUUUUUUUUUAUUUUAUAAAAUUAUAUGCUUUUUGAAGAGAAGGAAAAAAUAUAUAAAGGUGAAGAGGGCGAAUGUAUUGAAUUAUUGUUUAGAAUUAGCAAAAGCAAAUUUUAAAGAAUAUUUGAAGACAAGAAAAAAAAAGAAAGAUACUAUAUUUAAGUUUACUUUAAAUAAAACUAAUGGUUAUUACUUCAAAAAUAAUGAUAAAAAUUAUGAAAGGAGUAGUAAGAAUAUAAAGAAAGAACAAAAUGAUAAUAAAAGAAUUACAAAAACAGGGAGAAGGAACAUAUUUAGUUAUAUAUUUAAAAUAUUUUUAAUAAAUAAGCAUGUGUUUCCUGAUGAAAAAUUAUUAUACGAUAACUCUAUUAAUAAUAAGGAAAAUUUAGUAAAUAAAAAAAGAAAAUUACCUUUUAACAUAUUGAAGUCACUAUUUCAUUAUAUUAGAAAGAAAAAAGAUAUAGAAAAAAUUAAUAACAAUGAAAAUAAUUUAGAAAAUAAGAGAAAUACAUCAUAUAAAGGCAAAGUAAAUAAUUUAAAUAGUAAUAGUAUAAAUGAAAAACAAAAAAAUUUAAGUGAAAAUAAAAAUAUUAAUACUAGUAAAAAUAUACACGGAAUUAAUGAAGAAAAAACAACCUCUAAAUGUGACUCUAGCCAUUUAUAUAAUAAUACAGAAAUGGAAAAAAAAGAAAUUGAAGAUUCAUAUUUUAAUGAUAUAAGUUUAUAUGAACCAAAGUUAAGUUAUUGUAACUUUUACUUGUGUAAUUCUCAAUAUCAAAUUAAAAGCUUAACUGAUAUACUAAUAUUGUAUUUACCUAUUUAUUUUCUUUUUAAAAACAAAAUGUUUGUUAAAACAUCCUUUACUUUAAUGUUAUAUAUUCUGAAUUUUAUAAUAUGGAAUUUUAUAAAGCUUGUAUCAAUGAUAAAACCUUCUUUAUUUGUUUUUUAUUAUAUAUUUAAUGAGCAUAUUUCUCAAAUAUUAAGCGAAAAUUUAAGUGAUUAUGAGAAAAAAAUGAUGUUACAUUUUUUUUAUGGAUUUUUUUUUUGUUCUCUAAAAUAUUUAAAAAAAAAUAUUGAUAUAGAAUUUAAAUUAAUAAAAAUUGAAGAUAUGAAUAAUUUUCACAAAAUAAUCAACGACUGCUUAAAUAAAGCUUCUAAGUUAAAGUCUCAAGAAAUCAUUAAAAAUUAUGAACGCAUGAAAACUUUUCCAUUAUUCUUUGAUUUAAAAAACAAAAAAAUAUAUAUUGAUAAAAGCAUACUUAAAACUAACAAGGAAAUAGAAGGAUUGAAACAAAAACAAAAAUUAAAAAAUGAACAAAAUUGUUUGCAAAGCUUAUGUGAAAUAGCUAAUUUUUGUGAUGAAGAUACUUUUAGAGAAUUAUUAAAAAAAAUUAAAAAUAUUAUAUUGAAUGAAUUACCUGAAAAAUUAGCAGAUAAUUUAUCUCAAAAAAUAUCAGAUGAAAUAUAUGAAAAGAUGCUAAAUAAAGGGUCAUUGCCUUUAAAUAAAGAUAAUAAGAGCUGUAUAUGCUCAUCAUUGAAAAAAAAUAUAUUAUUUGAAAUUAUUGAAGGAACAAAAAGUAAUGAAUUAAAAGAUACAUAUAAUAAUGACAAUGAUGAAAUGACUCAAAAAGUAGACAAAUUAAAUAACGAAAUUAAUAAAUAG